ACAAACCCUGUGUCUCGUCAGCGGAGUUCACUGUUAAUGAGGAAGACUUCCGUGUGUUUUUAAAGUCCUUUUGAAAGCACAGCGAGAUGAAGGUUAAUGAUGUUAUGGCGUGUAGUUUCCCAUCGUGGUAUGAGAAAUUUAAGAAGUGUACGAUUAAGAGCAUCGUCAUACCUCUGACAACGGAUGUGUUGGCUUACAUGCAGGACAAUGGAACACUUGUUCUUCCUGAAGGUUCACAACCAGAGCCAGAGUAUAGAACAAAUACUGAAGAUGAAAGUGAUUCUUAUGAAGACUGGGAACACUGCAGGACCACUGGUACAUCAGUGGAAGGGCCGAAGCUAGAAGAAUUCAAUGCUAAGGUGAAUGAUGCUAUAAAAAAGCUCGGAGGAAGUGCCUUUCCAAAACUAAACUGGAGUUCCCCAAAAGAUGCUUCAUGGAUUGCCCUUAAUAAGUCUCUUCGAUGCUCUACUGCUGGAGAUGUCUACCUGUUACUGAAAAGCAGUAAUUUUGUUGCUCAUGACCUCACUUCACCCUUCAAGGAUUGUGAUGAUGAACCCAACACCAGUAUUGACUACUACUUCAUCCUGCGAAAGUGGAUGGAAAUCAACCCUUCUAAUGAGUUCCGGUGCUUCGUAAGAAAUAAGGAACUAAUUGGUAUAUGUCAACGGGAUACAAGCCAGAGCUAUGGAUGUAUUGGAAGUGACAAGACCAGAAUUUGCAGUGAUAUUGUGAGCUUCUGGAGAGAAAACAUAGAAAAUAGGUUCCCACUUUCUAGUUAUACUUUUGAUGUAUAUCGCCCAGCAAAAGACCAUGUGACCCUUGUUGAUUUCAACCCUUUUGGAGAGACAACAGAUGGUCUUCUCUUUACAUGGUCUGAAUUGAAGCAGAAAGAAGACAUUAGGCCAAGAACAGACAGAACAAUAGAAGAAGUGGCAGAAGAGGAGGAGCAAGAAGGUGACAUUACACAAUAUAAUGAGCGAAAUCUUGUGGACAGCAACAGGCAAACAGACUCAGUAAUAGGGGACACAUAUAGUUUUAGUGAGGAUGGAGACACCUCCCCUGAAUUUAGGUAUAUAUCAGAUGCCACAGGGGUUCAGCCAAGUCCAUACAUGCAGUAUGGUUUACCUUUGGAUAUCGUUGACUUGAGCACUGGCCAAGACCCUCAGAAGUUGAUAGAUUUUCUUCAGAUGAAAAUUCAGAGCGAAGCAGAUGAAAGUUCUGAUGAGGAAGUGCCGAGUUAGUAUACAUGUUGAAUUUACACGUUUUUUUUUGUUUUGUUUUUUCCAUCAAGUAUGUAUGUGUGUGAAAGUAAACAGCAUGUUACAUUUCUCCUUCUGUAUCUGUCUAUGUAAUGUCUUUUCCAUUCACUAGCUUCUUGUGUAAAUUCUCUUUUCCUGUUUAUGUUAAGUGUUAUUCUUAUUGCAGUGUGCUUAAAGACUUUUAUUAUAUGUGUACUCUCAUAAAUUUUCAUCUGUUGUCACAUGCAUAACUGGGAAUCUGGCAUUCCAUUUCAUUUGAAUGUUAUAACAAGUUUUGCACUUGAUGUAUUAGAAGAAUAAAUAUCAGGAAAU